GUAGGUAGGAAGGAAUUUAUUUAAAUUUAUAUUUUAAGUUGUCUUGUCUUCUGAAAGCCACUGCUAUAAAAACUUUUUACAUCCUUUUUAUUUUUGUGAUUGACUGUGCAACGUAAUAGCGGAGUAGAUUUUUUACGCAUCGUCUUUGGAUGGGAGUACUGUCUUUUGUUGUUAACGGUUGUUUAUAAGCGUUCUGAAGUAAUCCGCCACAAUUUUUACGAGGCGUAAAAUGACGGCGUCACCUACUCUCGAUCCCAAACUAAGGAAUCGUUUAUUGAGAUAUCUUCAUACUGGUAUCGAAAUACCAAAAUAUUUUCCUGGAUGCUGGACGGCACAUAAGUAUUUUGAGGACUUUAAGCCACCCGUACUGCAGGAAGUAUUUCUAGCUGAUAAGAAUAAUACUGAGGUUGUAAAUAUUAUCUUGAAGGCAUUUCAUGAUGGCCACUUUACUCGUUUUGAGACCAUUGCAUUUACUUUGGCAAAAUGUCUUUAUCAUGGCUCAGAAAGAGUAAAGGAAAUAACAUAUCGGGCUGCUCUUGAAGUUUGUAAAACCCCUGAGGAAAUGAUGAUGUUUAAUAACUUUCUACGACACUUAAAGACAGGUAAUGGCAGGGGUUGGUGUAAUUUCAUUAAAAAAUGGUAUGUAAAUAGAGAUCCCAUGGAACUAGCAAAAGAGGUCACCAGAGUACGCGCCAGACAUGGCCGAUCCCAUAAAACUUUGGUGGCAAAAUCCCACAUGAAAAUUGAUGUAAAUGAUUAUGCCCGAGAUGCUACCAUAAAGUACAUAAUGUAUGGGAUAAAACGAGCAAGAACCAUUUUGGCCAAUGCUCCAGGCACAGAGGAUAUCUUUGAUUACAUAGAAAAAGUUGAGAGUAUGCGUCAUUGUGAAGACCCUAAGGAUGCUGCUAAAAUAGCUGAAGAGAAUCAUUUCAUCUUGGAUCAUGUGCCUGGACAUCUUCUUACAUCACAAGAGGUAUGGGAAGUAAUAUUGCCCCAAAUGCCGUUGCAACAAGUGUUGCAUAACAUUCAGCGGAUACACAAUAUGGGUUUUCUAACAGAGAGUUCUACUACCACAGCUAUUCUGUGCUCUCUACUCACAAACAAUGACAAGAUUAAGGCAUCGAAAGUAACACCCAUUGAAGUAUUCAUUAUUGUUAGCAACUAUGAGAGGAAUUCUAAGCCGUUAAAAUAUGAGAAAGCCAUAGCGGCUCUGGAGAAGCAGCAACGCCGACGGCAGAGACAGACAUUUAAUCCAGAAAGUAAGGUUUGGGAGUGGACUGUUACUCAGCGACACCCAAAGGAAGUUAAAAUUUGGGGUAUCGACCAAAUGCCGAACAAAACCGUAAUUGCUACAUUGCACCUUCUCAUCAACCAUACCUGGACGCUGACUACGCCCACUAAGGCCCGUUACUUGAUCACGCUUGAUAUGAGAGACCAUAUGUUUAAAGGUCUUCAUUUCUGUGAAAAGUACGCACCAUCAAAGAAAAGCAAGAGGAAGGAUGUAGUAGCAAAUAAUGGCGGCGGAGGUGAUGUCGACAACGUACAGCCAGCUGUGACUAGAACCAAGAUACGACAAUUUGCCGAAUGCUUCUAUAACUCACACGUUUCACCUGGAAACGCCGCGAUCAUCUUGAUGCUGCAACUUCUAAAACGCGAGAAGCAUGUUAAGGUAGCAGUUUUCACUGAACAAGGCAUUGAACUGAUCGAUGGAAAGAAAUGUAACGAUAUUGAGGGCACAGCGAUGUAUCUUAAGAAACAGAAACUUGGUCGCGUACAAUUGGACGCACCAAUCGAAUGGGCCAGCAAAUUGAACGAAAAGUUCGACGUGUUUAUUAACAUGAUCGACCGAAGUAGCCGUUACAUGGAGCUGGAAAAAUCGGCCCGUGGAGGCAGAGGACCUGCGGGCAGGUUUGGCCCUCCGCCCACUAACAAUGAUGUCGUGGACCACUGCCCCGUGAGAGCCCUUGAGCGCUACAGGACGAAGACGGCAAAUCCUGAUGCUAAGUUGAUUGUGAUGUCGCUAGCAUCCCAUCGGUCGGAGACAACAGACGGCAGUCACGAGGGUAUUCUUGAUAUCGUCGGGAUCGACGAGCACGUACCCAAAGUUAUGGACGCGUUCGUUCUCGGACAGUUCAAGUAAAAUCUCAACAGGUGGCGCUGUUCAAAUUUUUUAUCCAUAAAUUACGUCAUGCAUUUGGGUGCAAAAUUAAAAUGUGUGUGACGUAACUUACGGAUUGCAAGUCUCAUACUUAUCUGUUCCAUUGAUUAACUAAGCUUGAGUAUAAUUUCAAAGUUAAUAUGUCCUUGGGGUAGAUAAGUUUAUUGUAGUUCGCGCUGCGCCUAUACAUUAUUAACAUUGGUAUUAAUCUAUUGGAGUAUUUAGGAACAGCUACUUGGCUUUCCGAAAUGUCUCUGAAUUACUAGAUAUAAUGAAAUGUCUUAAAGUUAAAUUAAAAUACUGAAACCCCUUUUUGGGAUUCUGUUUUGGCUUUUAGCUCAUAAAUUUACAUGCCAUAUUUCCUAUAGAAAUCUUUUUAACUGAUUACCUCAGUAUUUAUGUUUUCAAAAUAUUUCUAUUUAAAGUUUUAUUCAUAUGAGAAAGUCUCAAUUUUACAUUCGAUUUAUUUGGCACAAAUGUGGCCUACUAUGAGUAAGUCAGGCAAUUUUAAAAGUUUAUGCUGGCGCAAAUAAAAUAAUUUAAAAAAAAAUUGGUAGUUAUACCACAACGCUAUGUGUUCCGGACCUCAUGUAAAAGUACAUUUGAAUGUUUGCCUGAAAAUAUGUAUAAUGUCAAUUUACUGCACAUAUUAAACUAUGUGUAAAUAGAAUGUAUCAUGAAUUAUAAAGGAAUCAGAAUGUUACGCUUUUUUAUUACAGAGAACAGGUUUUUAUCGAGUUGUUUUAAAUAGGAAAUGUGCCUCAUAUGAAAAAUGAAAUUAUUUAAAAAAUGUAAGAUUUUACAUUUCCUAUUUGUUAAUUAUAUAAACACAUAUUUGUUUAAAACCACGUAACAUUCUGCAAUUCUGUACUGGACCAUUGAGUUUGUAAAAUGUGCGAACAUACAGUGGUCGUAUCUUCCUAAUACUUUUGGAUCUCUAUUUGAAACCUGGUUUCUUACUUAAGUUUUUGUUAAUGCGUUAUUAGGUUUGCAAGACCAUCGCGAUCUAAUUUAAGCUAACGUUAAAUUUUAUAGUUGUGCACGGACUUUGUGAAUUCAUGAAUUUUGGUAGUUCGCAAAUAGUAAAACCAUAUCCUCUGUAGAUUAAAUAUAAGGCAAGUGAUAAUCUUCGCCGACAAUUAUUAGAAAGAUCACGAAAAUAUUUUUGUCUAUUUCAAGAAGGAAUUAUUUAUUCACCCUAUUUGUUUACGGACAUGUUUGUUUUACAUUUUGUAAUUCCAAAGACAAAAUAUUCAAUUUUUCUAUGUCCGCAAAGUCCGUGAAAACAACUACUAUUUUUUUGUGUUUUUCUUAUAAGAGCUUUUAUCAAUAUAGUCGUAAUCAUAAUAGUUGUAGGGAUACGUCACAAGGCGUGAGCAAAUUGCUUAAUUUUCUUCUUUUAUUCAGAAAUAUGAUUCCAUAAUAAACAAAAGUCAAUAUAAAACGACAAAGUUAAUUAAUUUAGUCAUCACUAAAUUUCGUCAUGAAGACAAUAAAAUGUGUCAAACAACCUCUUGAAAAAGGUUUGUAGACUUUCUUAAAUAUGAGCUUAUACAUAGGUGGUUAGAGGUAUUUUAUUAAAAUCUCUAUUAUAAGUUCUUGCUCACACCUUGUGACCUGUGUUAAUCUUAAUAUAUUGUUGUGGUGACCCUUAGAUUGUGAAAUCAUCUCAAAUAUAUCUAGGGUUAGCCUUUGUAUUCGUAUUGCUUAGUAUUUGUAGCUUAACAGGGUCUUUUUGGUGAAACAAAAAUCUGGCACCUGCUCUCUACAAUCACUGCAACGUGUUCAAAAGAUAGUAAAUUGUGACGGAGGUGACAUUAGGUAAAAUUACUUUUAUUUCGAACUAUAAAAGCAAAUAUUUCCGAUACUUCCGUCAAUAUAUCUGUAACAAUAUUUGAACGCUAGUACUAAUAGAUAUUCUUUUUAUUUAUAAUUUAUGCAAAAAUUUAUCAGAUUCCUAAUUGCCAAAGUACAUAAUGCAUUUUUAUACUAGUAACUGUACUGGCUUUCAAAUAUUAUUCUUUAUCUAGCUAAGUAAUAUUUCUAGCAUAUCUUUUCUCUUUAAGGUAAACGAAAACUGGUACAUGCUCAUAUACGGUUCAUAAAAUGUUAUUUAGCCAGAGAAUUACUCUAGAGUUACCAAAAGCAUAAUAGCAGGUCUGGUUUUUAACUAAAACUUUCAUGCAGGUAAAAUAAACCUUAACGUGAUAUAUAUGUCGCAGUAAACUUGUUAAAUCAGAGACUUAAUUGAAUCUCUAGACAGUUAAUUAAAGAUCGAUAUUCAAUCAAGUCACUAAAGUUCCAACGCCCAAAAGUCAAGAAACGUUUAACGAGUUUCGUUCCUAGGCAACAAGACUAACAUAGCCUAACCAUUUACAAUAAAGCAUAACACGGAAUUUCCAAGCUCUCAGUUCUUCACGAUCACACCGAAAUUAC